AUGCGGCAAAGAGGAGCGCAGUUCCAGUGCCUCUGCACUGCCCGUACCGCAAGCGCUGUCGCGCAACACGACUUGAUCGCGUUACACAAGAAGAACGCAGCCACGCGCGGACCCCGGCUGCCGAGACGAGGGCGGGGCGGGCGCGGGGCUGGGCCUCCGCCCUGGCGGCCUUACCCCCGUCCCUGCGACUCGCUCUCGGACGCGACUCAGUUGACGCGCGCGCGGGGCGCGACCGUCCGCAGCCUCGCGCCGCAAGUUUUUGUGCCGCCUAGCGCCGCGGCCGCCGGCCGGUGCCUCGCGGCCCCGCACGUCCCGCCCGCGCCCGCGUCUCGGCCUCGCUCCCACGCGCGCGACUGCGCUCGUCCCCCGCACCCGCUGCCCACAGACGAUCGCCCUCCUGCACUGCCGGCCGGCUGGCCGACGAGUUCGACGAUGCGCCAGCACCGAUAA